CUCCCCAUUCCAGAUUUCCGGUUCCCUUCUUGGGGCCAGGAGGGAAGACUCUUCGCCCUUUCCAUCUGCUGUUCCGGGUCUACCACCCUUCUGCCUAGCCACCAGCCCCUCUGCAGAGAUGCUGAGUACCAGAGACAAGCCUCCAGAAGAGAGGGGAGCUUUGGGGCUUCAGGGCUUCGCCAUCGACAAGAGCUUUCUCACCAACCCCAAAGGCAUCCUUCUGGAAGUCGAGCUGGCUCUGACCUUCAUCAUGACCAUAUGCUUUGCUGCCUCCAUCUCAGCCUACAUGGCAGCCCCACUGCUUGAGUUCCUCAUCACCCUGGCCUUCAUCUUCCUCUAUGCUACCCAGUACUACCAGCGUUUCCAGAGCCUCAACUGGCCCUGUUUGGACUUCCUUCGAUGUGUCAGUGCUGUCGUCAUCCUCCUCGUUGUGUCCUUUGCAGCUGUAGUCUCUCGGGAGGGACCUGCCAUUGCUGCUUUCGUUUUUGGCGUUAUUGUUGUUUUUGUCUUUGUCUAUGAUGCCUUCAAGAUCUACCAGGCAGAGAUGGCACCCAGCCCCACCCAGGGUGAGUGA